AUGGACUCCUACAGAUCUGUUUGCAAUCAAUUUAAUGUUGGAAGAGCAACUGCACUUCGAGCUGUACGAAGAAUCACACAUGGACUUUUCUUAAAACCUUCCACAUUUAUUAAAUGGCCUACUGGUGAUCUAGCUGUAAAGAUUAUGCGAGGAUUCAAGGAAAGCAGUAGCUUUCCAAAAACUGUUGGGGCCAUUGAUGGUACCCAUAUUCGGAUUGAUGCGCCAAAAGAAAACUCUUUGGUGUGUGAUCACAGAAUGUUGAUCACACACUGUUAUGCUAGGCAUCCUGGCUCAGUCUAUGAUCAGCGAGUUUUUCGUCAAUCAGAGGUAGCAAAUUAUUUGAAUGACGAAGAGAAAUUUCCAGCUGACAGUCACAUAUUGGGAGAUGCCGCAUAUGAGAUUCAUCAACACUUAUUAACUCCUUACAGAGACAACGGAUACCUCACAGCAAAACAGAUUAAUUAUAAUUAUCGCUUGUCAGUAGCCAGAGUAACAGAAAGAUGCAUCGGUCUCUUAAAAAGGUAUGAGGAACUCCUCAUUGAGGAACUCCUCAUUACAUUGUCCACCUAUGUCAAGAGUAGACGUAAUGGCGGAAUAUGUGAUUGCAUGCUGUGUGAUCCACAAUAUCUGUACAUUAAGAAGUGA